AUGAGCAGUUGGAACUUUCCGAAACCGCUCAACAAAUCCUAUCAAGGCCGAACGGGUUGCUGUGAGGGUAUAGCCAGUGCACCCAAUGAGAGGAACAGUCCUCCCUCUCAGCAAGUCCAGUCGCGUGGUCGUAUCAGGAAUUGGAUGAAAGCCUCUGAUGAAAGCAACCAACAAGCUGCGGAGAAUUCUGACAACGGGGCACUUUAUCGUAAUGGUAUUGAUGCUCACUCUGGACCUCAUUCUUUGGUGUACAUUUGCGGGGCUACGAGCGGCCGGCCUAUGCUCGAGAAUGCCAGUACGGCAGGGAUGUCAAGGGGCUCUUGGAGCGUCGAUGAAGGAGAAACAUGCGCUACAUCAACAUACCCUCAUCAUCAUAGGCGCUGCUCAGAAACAGAUGCCAUCGACCCACUCCUUCACGAACUUCGGCGAUACAGCUUCAUGCCUCUGAAAGACCAGACACCCGAAUGCUUACGGCGUAUGGAACAGCAUCAAGAGCCCCUCGAUCGUCUGGAGGAACUACAGCUGCGCGACCAGUCAAACACAUCCAGCAAGACAACUUUGGAAGAUAUUCUGGACCGAUUCAUCUUUACAGGCACACCGUCGAGCCGUACACACGCUGGCACUGGUGGCUACACAGCUUCGAAAUGA